UUUUUUAACUUGAGUGUAUGUGUAUAGGCAGUGUGGGUCCUGGUGGCUCUGGGUUGGAUCUUUAUCCCUGUCUACAUCUCUGCUGGUGUGGUGACCAUGCCUGAAUACCUGGCCAAACGCUUUGGAGGCCAGAGGAUACGCAUAUACAUGUCUGUUUUGUCACUCAUCCUCUACAUCUUCACCAAAAUAUCUACAGAUAUCUUUUCGGGGGCGUUGUUCAUCCAGGUGUCGUUAGGCUGGGAUCUCUAUGUGUCUACAGGGAUACUGCUGCUUGUCACUGCUGUUUACACUGUGGCAGGUGGUUUAGCAGCAGUGAUCUACACUGAUGCAUUUCAGACUUUCAUCAUGGUCGGGGGAGCCUUUGCACUAAUGUUCAUAGCAUUCUCCAAAGUUGGCUGGUAUGAGGGCCUUGUGGACCGCUAUAUGUCAGCUGUUCCCUUGGUGACAGUCCCUAACACCACCUGCCACCUACCUCGUAAUGACGCCUUCCACUUGUUUAGAGACCCCUUGUCUAGGGAUUUACCGUGGCCCGGCCUGGUGUUUGGGCUCACUGUCCUGGCCACAUGGGUCUGGUGCACAGAUCAGGUUAUAGUCCAGAGGUCUCUGUCAGCCAAGUCUUUGUCUCAUGCCAAAGCAGGCAGUGUGUUGGGAGGCUACCUCAAACUGCUGCCCAUGUUCUUCAUUGUCAUGCCAGGCAUGAUCAGCCGAGCACUAUUCCCAGAUGAGGUAGGUUGUGUGGCUCCAGCAGAGUGCCAGAGUGUGUGUGGAGCUUCAGUUGGUUGCUCCAACAUCGCCUACCCUAAACUAGUGGUGGAGCUAAUGCCUGUGGCCUCCUCCACCAGCGGCCACAGCUUGGCUCUGGCAUCCUUCACCUGCUGCGUCAAGUCCUCCGAUAUUUUUAUUCUCCUGAGAUGCUCACAGUUUUUGGCGUCUGCCCAGACUUGAUCCCUGUAUGCUCUGAGAGAGAAACGGACGAUGAUACGGCGUGGAGGUCCUUCUUUCCUUGAGCGUGGGCCCAGCCUGUGAGCAAUGUCCAUAGACUUCUGCAGGAAGUCAGCAAGAGCAGGAGAAACACGAGAAGAUGUUCCAGUGUCUAGAGUACGCAUCCAUCUCAUUCACUUUAUCCAGCAACUUCUUAUUUUCAGCCGUCAAAGUAUUAAGCUGGAGCUCCAGGGGGUCCACUCUUGAUGAAAGCUCUCCAACCGUUUUCUCUGUAGCUUUCACAGAAAUCGAUAGUGCUUGAAUAUUCUCCAAGUUUUGGAAAACUGUCUUUUCUAUGGUUUCCAGUUUCUCAGAAAUCUUGUUAAUUGCGGCCAACAUGACUGCUCCUUGCGCCGUUUUCAUUGGACCUUCUUCCAGGUCCGCCUGAUGUCGUUUGGCAUAGUCAUGCACACGUUUAAGAUUGUCAACCGUACCUUCCACUUCCAUUGUCUCCCCAUUAUCCGACAUUUCAGUAGAAUGAGUUGUCAAUUGCAAGGUGGAGCACCAACGUAUCCAACAAACACUCUACACUAGGUCGCUAGCUAUAGCGUUUAGUUGCUUAGCUUGACGACAGCACCGUUUUCAGCCUGGCAACUCCUACACUCAGUCUGUCUGUACCACUCGGCAGCAUAACCAUCCUGCUUCAGGAUCUUGGUCGAUCAGAACACAGUGGGCUUUUGGAGGGGUGGGGGGUCUUGAAGAGACAGGAGCAUCUACAGCUCGUUUCAGACAGAGGCUGAAAUGAGAGCUUGCAUUCU